CGCGGGGGCGGUGGCGCCUCGUCCACUCAGGCAGCUGCGUUCGGGACCCUCCGGCCCGCACGAGGGACGAACUGACUGACGUACCUCGCCCGCCCCCGCCCCCGCCUCAUCUACCCCUGGGCUUCCUGGGCUUCCUGGGCUCCCGGGGCUCACUCCUGGAGCGCCUUCUCUCCUUACACCUCUCCUCGGCCCUUUCUCUCCCAGGCACCUCAGGCGGUGGCGGCGGCGGCGGCGGCGGCAGCAACCGCGACUCCAGCAGCAGCAGCAGCGAGCGGCGGGAGCGGGCGGCCUCUGAGACGAUGAAGUGCAAGCCAAACCAGACGCGCACCUACGACCCGGAGGGGUUCAAGAAGCGGGCGGCGUGCCUUUGCUUCCGGAGCGAGCGCGAGGACGAGGUGCUGUUAGUGAGUAGCAGUCGGUACCCGGACCGCUGGAUCGUGCCGGGCGGGGGCAUGGAGCCCGAGGAGGAGCCGGGCGGUGCGGCAGUCCGAGAGGUGUACGAAGAGGCGGGAGUCAAGGGGAAGUUAGGCCGGCUCCUGGGCAUUUUCGAACAGAACCAAGACCGCAAGCACAGAACCUACGUGUACGUACUGACUGUCACUGAGAUUCUGGAGAAUUGGGAAGAUUCGGUUAGCAUUGGGAGGAAGCGAGAGUGGUUCAAAAUCGAAGAUGCGAUCAAGGUUCUCCAGUGCCACAAGCCUAUGCAUGCCGAAUAUCUGGAAAAACUAAAGCUGGGCGGUUCCCCAACCAGUGGAAACUCCGUGGCCCCGUCCCUGCCACAGAGCGAUCCCUAAUGAACAGCAAAGAUUUUCAGGAUUGCUUUGAAAGAAUCUUUGAUGUGAACCAUUGAUCAGUGGAAUUUUCAAGCGGAGGUGAGCGUUUCCAUGUUUCCAGCAAGACAGCUCAUCUGAUUUUCCUCCAAUAUCUUGGGACACUCCUUACCUGUCUAUUCCACUGACUCCUCUUGCCCUGGUUGUUAUACUGUUGUACAUGAACAGACUCUUACUUUAACACCUAUAGCCUUUUGUUGUGCUUUUUUGAUGUGUCUGCCUUCUCCAUUAGACUGUGAUAUUCUUGAGAGCAAGGACCACCUUUCCUUACUCUUUGCAUAUUCUGUAUUUGAAACACCACUUGAAAUAUGAUUGACAUCACUGAAGGUUCUUUGAUUCAAGUCAUAUUUUGUAAUCACCAUGUGGCAAAACAUUCCCCUUUUAAUCUGGUGCUAGUAGAAUAUAUGCUGUCUAGGCACCAUGUAUGUGGUUUUUCUGUAUCAGGUGUUUCAGAAACUUUUCAAGGCAGUUGUAAGAUGUUCAAGGAUGAGAAUUAUUACUCAUAUUUCUGUGUCAUACCACACAGUGGCUAGCACCAUUUUGAGAUUAUCCCAUCACAUAGGGCAAUAUUUUGUAGAAUCAGUCCUUUGUGUAACAACUUCAGUAUUUUUGUACUGUUGUUACUUUGCUGAAAAUUUUAUUCAAAAAAUAUCACUUGCUAUGAAACUAUAAAAUAAAUACAAUGAACACAAGAUAAUGUGAAUUUUUAUAAAAAUAAAUUUUAAGAUGAUAUACAAAUGAUAUAUUUAAUGUUUUUGCAAUGCCCUAAGCACUUCUUUCAUGUAAUCUUAACAUCCCUUUGAAGAAGAUUGUUUUUCUCAUUUUAUAGGUUCGGUAUACUGUAUUAUUUGAUGCCAGAGCCAACAAAAACUGCAAUACAUGCAGUUUCUAAAGUUAAUUACACCACUUACUUUGCCUAUGUUUCUUUUGCGUCUCUUACUGAUUCAGUUGGCCAAUUUUCAAGCCCUUUUCCAACACACUCAACUGGCUUCUCAUUCCACCUGGUUUCUGCAUGUGAGAAUGUGGAGGACUAAGAAACAGCUAUAUUGUUGUCACUUAGAAAAGGCAUUGAAGAAAAAAACUUCUGUGAGUGGGGAAGAGAGGACUUGGGUCAGCUGUCUCCAGGAGAGCAACUUUAAGAAAAUGACAAAGAUGUUUAGAGAUAAUUUUAUGGAGUUUUGCCAUGGGGUUUGUAAUGUCAGCACUCUUACCCAGCUUCCUGCAAAGGCCUCAAAGUGGCUUUAAUAUGGUAGUUUUCUUUCCUUUGCAUUUAUAAAAGCAAUUACAUCAGAAACACCAUGAGUUCCACUUUAGGUGUUAUACCCUUUCUUAUGGUACCAGUGAAAUAUAGUAACUGUUAACUCAAUCCUUACAGAAUUUGAAAUCACACGUCUCCCAAUUUAUUGGGUUUUUUUAGAUGUGAUAUGGUACUGUGGAUAUGUUUUUUUUUAAUCCUUUUAGAGAAAUGUACUGUAAAUUUUACAGAUGAAAUGAUAUGCUACUGGUAUUUGCUUCAAAAUAAUCUGAGGGUGGGGUAGGUGAGCAUAUAGAUGAAAUAAGAUUGGUGAUAAACUGAUAAUUUUUGAAGCCAUGUGACAGAUAUUUGGGAGUUCGUUAUACUAUUCUCUAUACUUUUGUAUGUAUUUGAA